UUACAGGAUUCUAGAAAUUUUGGGUGGGAGCUCAGUGAUGAAAUUGGCUUCAAUUGGAAAAAACUUUUGCACAAUAAGACACAGGAAAUCAUUCGGUUAAAUGGAAUAUACAAGAGAUUACUAUCGAAUGCUGGUGUGACAAUGUUCGAAGGAGAGGGCAAGCUAAUAGAUGCACAUUUAGUAGAAGUGACACAACCAGAUGGUACAGCAAAGCAGUACUCUGCAAAACAUAUCUUGAUUGCGACUGGUAGUCGAGCUCAGCUUGUGAAUAUUCCAGGGAAGGAAUUGGCUAUUACUUCUGAUGAGGCAUUAAGCUUAGAUGAGUUACCAAAACGUGCCGUGAUACUUGGUGGAGGAUAUAUUGCCGUUGAAUUUGCUUCAAUAUGGCGAGGAAUGGGUGCAGAAGUGGAUCUAUUUUACCGGAAGGAACUUCCAUUAAGGGGCUUUGAUGAUGAAAUGAGAGCAGUUGUUGCAAAAAACCUCGAAGGAAGGGGCAUACGGUUGCACCCAGGAACAAAUUUGUCAGAGUUGCGGCAAAGUGGAGAUGGCAUAAGAGUUCUGACUGACCAUGGAGAUCAAAUUACAACAGAUGUUGUCUUAUUUGCAACAGGUCGGCUUCCAAACACAAAGAGGUUGAAUUUGCAGGCUGUUGGUGUUGAGGUUGAUAAAACAGGAGCUGUUAAGGUUGACGAAUAUUCUCGCACUACAGUUCCCAACAUAUGGGCUGUCGGUGAUGUUACAAACCGAAUUAAUCUGACCCCUGUGGCGUUAAUGGAGGGAACUUGCUUUUCUAAAACUGUUUUUGGUGGACAGCCAACUAAACCUGAUUAUAUUAAUGUACCCUGUGCUGUGUUUUGCAUACCGCCACUUUCGGUAGUAGGUCUCAACGAGCAGCAGGCUCUGGAGCAAACAAAGAGCGACAUUCUUGUUUACACAUCUUCAUUUAAUCCCAUGAAAAACACUAUCUCUGGAAGGCAAGAAAAGACAACUAUGAAGCUUGUUGUUGAUGCAGAAACUGAUGAAGUACUGGGUGCAUCCAUGUGCGGACCUGAUGCACCUGAGAUUAUGCAGGGUAUCGCAGUUGCACUCAAAUGCGGAGCCACGAAAGCACAAUUUGAUAGCACAGUGGGAAUCCAUCCUUCAGCUGCUGAAGAAUUUGUGACUAUGCGAUCCAUCACAAGGUGUGUUGCUGCAGGAACGAAACUGAAGACUAAUCUGUAAAUGAAGGUUUGUAGUUUAGGAAUGAGAACAAUCUUUUGAUUCAUCAGAACAGGUGUCGUGUUUCAAAUUAGGGCCACUUCUUUUCCUUCGACAAAUACACUGAUGAAACCGCGAGAAAUUGGUUUUGCUGGAUCUCUCAGUAUCUGAAUAAAAUGGUUGCAUUGUUGAUUUCUGCCUUCA